AUGUGGUUUAGUUUAAUUUUUUUGUAUUUGUGGACUUUAGUUGCCACAAAACAAGUUACUGGGAUUUUUACUGAUUUAUCAAGUAUUGUUUCACAAGCCAGUAAUAAUUAUCCCAUUACUCCUAGUUGGAGUGCCACAAUACAAUGGGCCAUUACUCCAGGAAGUUUAAGUGCUGGUGAUACCUUUACCUUAACCCUUCCUUGUGUGUUCAAAUAUACUGCUUCCAGUACCACCGUAUAUUUGUCGGUAGGGUCAGUUAACUAUGCGACGUGUCAAUUGGCGGGAGGUGAAGCGGUAGUGCCAUAUUCUGAAGUUCAGUGUACGGCCUUAUCUACAGUUACUGCCAAUACCAAUGUUGAUGGGUCCAUUUCUUUCCCAUUUACUUUCAAUCCUGGUACCACUGGUGGUGCUGGGGAUUUACAAUGUUCAACCAAAUAUGUUCCUGGUACUAAUACCAUCACUUUCUACGAUGGGGACACUCCGUUGAGUACCACGGUAAGUUUUGCCGCGGCCACAGGGAGAUAUGGUUUUACCCUCGACCAAAUGUAUUUCAAUCGUCGUUCCGUCCCAUCACUUAAUUCUGAUCAGAACUAUGUCUUAGGAGCUUCUUGUCCUAAUGGGAUAGCUUCUGGUACCAUUGGGAUGUCAUUUAAUGCGGAAUUCUUCGAUUGUGAUUCCAUGCAUGUUGGUAUGACUAAUGCUUUGAAUGCUUGGAUGGCUCCUGGGACCUUGGAAGCCAUCACCGUAACGGGGGACUUGUACCACCUCGGGGUCCGCGGUAGUAACAGUAACCAGGUCACAUGUGCUGGGGGUAAUAGUAAUACUUAUAAUCAUGGAGUACAAUGGACUCCCUACAUUCCUUCAGACCCUGGAUCUUAUGGUCAAGAUGUAUUGGUUACUACCAGUACAUGGACUGGUACCGCGACUCUGGUGACAACUUUACCGGUAGUUAAUCUGGAGACUAAGACCAUCGUGGUCGCGGUACCAAUUCCUACCGUCACUACUACCACCACUUGGACCAAUUCUGAUUCAUCAAUUUCCACCCAAACUGCUACUCCUGGUGAUACUGCCACUGUCAUUGUAGAAGUACCUAUCCCUACGGUAUCUACUACCGUCACCUGGACAGGUUCAGAAUCAACUACCACCACCAUUACUGCCACUCCUGGUGAUACUGCCACUGUAAGUGUAGCCGUACCUAUCCCCACUGUAUAUACCACCGACAUCUGGGUAGGUUCCGGUACCACUACCACCAUAAUCACCGCCACUCCAGGUGGAACCGCCACUGUUAGUGUAGGGUUACCUAUACCCACAGUGACAGUUACUUCCACUUGGUUGGAAUCUUUUACCUCCGGUACUACUUAUACUGCGGCCCCUGGUGGAACAGCUACGGUAUCAAUUGAUCUCCCCAUCCCCACUGUCACCAUUACUACCACCUGGGAAGAAACUUAUAGUUCUGCUACCACCCAAACAGCUACUCCUGGUGAGACUGCUACCGUUAUUAUUGAAGUACCUACUCCUUAUACUACCACCACUGCUACUUGGGAAGGUAGUGAAACCGUCACUGUUACUUAUCCCGUAUCAAAUCCUGAAGAUACUCGUACUGUGGUAAUAAGUGUUCCGGUGACAACUACUACCGUGACCUCGUACUACGAAGGCUCGGUAGAUACUACCACCACCGUCACCAUGCCACCGGGUGAGACCGCGACAGUAAUUAUUGAGGUCCCAACGCCUUAUACCACCACCACAAGUACAUGGACUGAGGCUAAUGGUACUACUUAUACCAACCCGGUAUCGAAUUAUAGUGAUACUAGGACGGUAGUGGUGAAUGUUCCAGUACCAACUACUACCAUUACUUCGUAUUAUGAAGGGUCAGUGGAUACUACGAUGACUGUUACAGCUCCACCGGGCGAGACUGCCACGUUGAUCAUCGAAGUACCAACUCCUUAUACUACGAUUACUCGUACCUGGACUGAGGCCAAUGGUACCACAUACACCGAGCCGGUUUCUGACUUUAGUGAUACCAGAACUGUCAUAGUUAACGAGCCAAUUCCUACCACCACGAUCACUUCGUACUACGAGGGAUCAGUGGACACCACAGUUACUGUCACUGCUCCUCCAGGAGAAACAGCCACCGUCAUCAUCGAAGUGCCAACUCCUUAUACCACCAUCACACGUACCUGGACUGAAGCUAAUGGUACCACCUACACUGAGCCAGUCUCCGAUUUCAGUGAUACCAGAACUGUCAUAGUUAACGAGCCAAUUCCUACCACCACGAUCACUUCGUACUACGAGGGAUCAGUAGAUACCACGGUGACAGUCACUGCUCCUCCCGGAGAAACAGCCACGGUGAUCAUUGAGGUUCCUACACCAUAUACUACGAUUACUCGUACCUGGACU